ACAGACGCAGACAACGUGCGGACUGUGAAGGCGGUCCUAACGAUAGGGAGCCAAAGGCUAGAACAGUUUCUUUUUGUGUGUCUGUUGUUGUGUCCAUGAAGGUCACGAGGCAUACAGAAGCCUAAGUUCAAGCUCUUUGGAAACAAGUUGCAUUUUUCAGCGUUCGCUCUGCAGUCUGCGUCCCCCCUUCACUAUAAUGGUGUCAUACAAACGGCUGAACCCAGAAGAUGUCCAGUUUUCCUCUGAACUUCUGUCUGAAGAACCUCGUGGAACUCAAGAAAAUGCAGCAGUAGCAGAGCCAGAGGGGACAUUCUUGCUCCCACACAGACCAUCGUGCUCGAUCACCAAGGCUCUUCUGGUUGUUGGUUGCCUCCUGUUGCUUCUCGUUGGAGGCUGGCUGAUUGUGACUAUGUUCUGGCUUCACAGUCCUUCCAACCAGCAGCCGCACAAACCACCAUCCCCAGCUCCACAGCCAACAUCAAGCUCCCAAACUGAACUAAAUGACACUUCAAGUGCCGCCCGGAUUGAAGCUUGCAGUGCGAUCUCAGAGCCGUGGAGGUUUGACUGUUACCCUGAAAGAGGCGUGGUUGUAACUAAAGAUAUGUGUGAGGCGAGAAACUGCUGUUUCAUCCCUGCAUCAUCAUCAUCUAAUGCUGGACAGUCGAGGAAAAAUGGUGUCCCUUGGUGUUUCUACCCUCCGGAUUUCCCAUCGUACUCACUGGUAUCAACAGAUGACACACUGAUGGGGCAGAAAGGUACUCUUGUAAAAGAGGUGAAGACUUACUACCCAGGAGACAUCCUUACUGUGGAGGUAGAAACACGGCAGGAGACAGACACUCGGUUGCAUGUCAGGAUGACCGACCCUUCAAAUCCACGUUUUGAAGUUCCUAUCUCGGUUCCAAACCCCACCAAGAAGGCGGAGAAUCCUGCAUACAUCGUGGAGCUCUCCAAGCAGCCGUUUGGCAUCACCGUGAAAAGGAGAUCUACUGGAGUUCUGCUUCUGAAUACCACUGUGGCUCCUCUCUUCUAUGCGGACCAGUUCCUUCAGUUCUCCACCGUUCUCCCUACUCAGUUCAUUUAUGGUCUGGGGGAACACCGCUCCACCUUCCUGCAUGACAUGAACUGGAACACUCUCACCAUGUGGGCCAGAGAUGUGCCCCCCAUGGAAAAAACAAAUCUUUAUGGAGUCCAUCCUUUUUAUCUUGCGAUGGAGGAAGACGGGAACGCUCAUGGUUUCUUCCUGCUGAACAGUAAUGCAAUGGAUGUGGUCCUCCAGCCUACUCCCGCUCUCACCUGGCGCACCAUCGGUGGAAUCCUGGACUUCUAUGUUUUCCUCGGUCCUGAUCCUGGAUCGGUGGUUUCGCAGUAUUUGGAAGUGAUCGGAAAUCCAGCAAUGCCUAUCUACUGGGCGUUAGGAUAUCAUCUGUGUCGCUGGGGCUACAACAGCAGUAACUCUACCUGGGAGGUUGUGAAGAGCCUGAGGAACUAUGGAAUACCUCAGGACACCCAGUGGAACGACAUCGACUACAUGGACCAGUCCAUGGACUUCACUUAUGACUCUAAAAAGUUUGAGACACUCCCGGACCUCGUCAGGGACCUUCAUGCUCAUAAUCAGACCUAUGUCAUAAUGCUGGACCCGGGCAUCAGCAGCACACAGCCUGAGGGCUCAUACUGGCCGUUUGAUGAGGGGCUGAAAAGGGGAGUUUUUAUCAAGGAUGCUGAAGGAAAAACACUUAUAGGAAAGGUGUGGCCCGGUCUGACGGCGUACCCUGACUUCUCUGAUGAAGUGACACACGACUGGUGGUUCGACAACUUGCAGAAGUUCCACAAUAAAGUGCCGUUUGAUGGAUUAUGGAUCGACAUGAAUGAGCCGUCUAACUUUCUGGAUGGGUCGACCAAUGGCUGUCCGUCAAACAGUUUGGAAAACCCUCCCUAUACUCCAGGCGUGCUGGGAGGUUUACUGCGGGCCAAAACAGUGUGUGCCACUGCUCAGCAGAAACUGUCCAUGCAUUAUAAUCUACACAGUCUCUAUGGCCUUAUGGAAGCUAAAGCCUCUGCAAGCGCUCUAAAGAAACUUUUGACGAAGAGACCGUUCGUGAUCUCUCGCUCCACCUUCCCCAGUCAGGGUUUGUAUUCUGGGCACUGGCUGGGAGACAACAGGAGCCAGUGGAAAGACCUUUACACUUCGAUUGCAGGUAUCCUGACCUUUAACCUUCUAGGUAUUCCCCUGGUGGGGGCAGACAUCUGUGGUUUUAGUGAGGAACCACAAGAAGAGCUGUGUGUCAGGUGGACACAGCUGGGGGCCUUCUAUCCCUUCACCCGAAACCACAAUUCCAUUGACAUGAAGCCUCAAGACCCGACAGCUUUCAGCCCGCUGGCACGGACAGCCAUGAAAGAGGCUCUGCUGCUGCGCUACUCUCUCUUCCCCUUCCUCUACACACUCUUUCAUCACGCACACGCACAUGGACACUCUGUUGCCCGGCCCGUAAUGUUUGAGUUCCCAAAAGAUGUCAAAACAUAUGGGAUCGAUAAACAGUUCCUGUGGGGAAGGAGUCUGUUAGUGACACCAGUUCUGGAUCCUGGAGUCGACUAUGUGGUUGGUUACUUUCCAGCAGGUCUGUGGUACGACUUCUACACGGGGGACUCCCUGCACAGCAAAGGAGAAGAAGUACGUCUCCAAGCCCCACUGGAUAAAAUCAACCUCCAUUUGCGUGAAGGCUCUGUGAUCCCAACACAGACCCCAAACCUUACCUUGUGGAUCAGCACCGGCCAGCCUCUCCAUCUAAUCUCUGCUCUGUCUGACGAGGGUUCAGCCCACGGGGAUCUGUUCUGGGAUGACGGGGAAAGCAUUGAUACCUUUGAGACCAAUCAAUACUCCUACAUUGUCUUCAGCGUUGCUCAGAACACGAUGACGUCCCAAGUUCUCAAGAGCCACCAAGAAGCCUCAUUUAUAACUGUGGGAUCCGCCUCCUUCUAUGGUGUCAGUGCAAAGCCCAGCAAAGUUCUGGUGAACUCCAAAGAUCAUCCGUUCACCUACAGAGACAGACAGGUGUUGACGGUCUCUGAUCUGAAUCUCAACCUUGUUCAGAACUUCACCAUCAGCUGGACCUAAAAACGGAUCAUUUACAUCGAUUACAUCUUACAACAGCUGUCUUUGGAUUUACCUCUGUUCAAGUGCACUAGAUCAAACAGAUGAGGUCCGGAAACCUGAUGCACCUUUUAGAAGCUGAACAACAUUUGAGCAUCAUCGGGUUUUUCAAAGCCUAAAAUGUCUAUUUUAGAAUAAAUUUCUGUUUGAGAUAAGAGCACAUAUUCCACCCAUGUCAACACUGUCCUCCCAAAAGAAAUUCUACAUUUGCGAGCUACCAUCCUGAGAAGUCAAGGUGUCAUUUGUUCUUAAAUGUAAGGAGGUAAUUGUUUAAUCUAUUUUGUGUUUAUUGUAAUCUUCAAUUAAAAAUCAAGCUUUGCAUGCUUCAAAAAGAUGAGAGCUUUGCAAAAACAUCAAAUUUUAGAUUUUAUCAAGUGUUUUCCAUUAUUUGAUGAGAACGACUGUGUGCAAUAAAUGAUGGGGUUGUGCUCCAUCCUGAAAAUGUGACAAUUCCAGGUGUAGCUGCUGCUAGCGCAGCUUGGUAAACAACGGUAGGAGUGCUUCAAGUUUGUUCUUAGUUCAUGCUUGGGUUUAAUGUGUUCUUCUUUUCACUGUAGGCCUGUUUUUAACACUGAAGACUGCACUGUGAUGAAUGAAAGUUGGUUAAUGUAACCAAUUUUUGUUUGUUUUGUGAAUAAGCCAUGCUUCUUGGUGUAGACAAUUUUUCAAAGUAGGAAGCUUCAUUCAAAUGUAUUCUUGACAAACUCCAUCUGAAAGUCAUUUGCAGCUUUAUGCAAAAUAAUUCUGUCUUACAUUGACAGCUGGCUACAAAUUAGCUGAAAAUGUUCUUGCUUUUAUUUUGUUGGGAAACAGGAAGUCCAGAGGAUUGAAAGACAAUAAUAAUCGUGUUUUUUUGUUGUUGUUGCUGUUUUUAUUUUCAAAAAAAUGUUAAAGCUUUGUGUGAUUGAGGAAUGUUUAAAUAAAGUAUUUUGCUGUGAUGUACUUGUGAUGUUCUGCCGCUAGAGGGCAGAGUUUUUUCAAAACUCUUUCCCUGCUUGCAUCAUAGGAGGGUUUUAAGUGGACCUCCGUACAGAGUUACAGAUAUCGGUGCAUGAUGUUGCUCUUCUUUGGCCCAAUGACGUCUGAAACCAUCUGGAAUCCCUUUGACCCUGCACACGUUGGGUGGCUGUUCAUUGUUCAGGUGGUCAUGUCUUUUAUUUUGGAGAGUCUACUGGUACUUGUGAUUACAACUUUAUAUAUUUUCUCAUUUGUUUUACUUUAAUGUACAUGUAGCUCUUUCCAAUACUGUAAUUAGAUUACUUCUAGAAACCAAAACUAUGUUUUAACUAACUAUCCAAGUAUUGAGUGGCUGCAUCUUGGUUUGGAUCCUCUUUACUGGUGUUUUUUAGGUUAGUUGUGUUCUGUUAAAAAGCUUUAGAAUUUUUUUUUUCCUUUUAAUGAGUAUGUAAGCAGUUUGUGUCUAAAAGAAAAAGAAAAAAAAGUUUGUAAAAA